AUGUCUUCUAUGAUCACUACCACAGCCUGGGUGCGGCGCGGCGUCGCUGCCCAGUUUCCUACUAAGUAUGAGAUUGACGAGGAGGAAAUGAACCGGAUAUCUAAGCUUGCUCGCAUGCAGCUUGAGGAUGCCAAGGAGGAUAUGAACGCUGCGCAGGGCGAGGAUACUGCUAUGGAGGAGGAUAAGAAGGAUGAGGAUGUCAUGGAUGCCGCUGAGGAGAAGGAGACCUCCAAGGAGGGUACUGAGGCCAAGUCUACUGAUGAUGAUGAUGUCCUUAAAGAGUUCGAUCUCGACCACUACGAUAGCGAGGAGGUUGAUGAGGAUGGAGAAAAAGUUACCAUGUUCGGCAACGUCCAGUCACUGGCUUACCACCAGCCCAACGAGGAGGACCCGUACCUUGUCAUUCCCGAGGACGAGGAAGAUGAGGACCGCGAGGAGCUCCAGAUCAUGCCCACCGACAACCUACUCCUGGCUGGAAAGGUCGAGGAUGAGGUUGCCCACCUUGAGGUUUACGUUUACGAGGACGCCGCCGACAACCUCUAUGUGCACCACGACAUCAUGCUGCCCGGUAUUCCUUUGUGCCUGGAGUGGCUCGAUAUGCCCGUUGGCAAGAACACCGAGGGACGCACAACAGGUAACUUUGUCGCCGUUGGAACUAUGGAGCCUGAUAUCGAGAUCUGGGAUCUGGACGUUGUGGACUCCAUGUACCCCAACGCUAUCCUCGGCCAAGGCGGCCAGGACAGCGAGCGCAAGAAGUCCAAGAAGAAGAAGGCAAAGGCAAAUGACGAGUACCACAUCGACUCGAUCCUGGCUCUAGCAGCCAACCGUCAGCACCGCAACCUGCUUGCCUCCGCCUCCGCCGAUCGUACUGUCAAGCUUUGGGAUCUCAACACCACCAGCUGCGUCAAGUCCUACUCCCACCACACUGACAAGGUCUGCUCGCUGGACUGGCACCCUACGGAGUCCACCAUUCUGCUGAGUGGUAGCUACGACCGUACCGUGGUCGCUGCCGAUAUGCGUGCUCCGGAUGCCAAGGCCCGCUGGGGCGUCGACUCCGACGUCGAGAACGUCCGCUGGGACCCUCACGACCCCAACUUCUUCUACGUCACCACCGACGGCGGACAAGUAUACCGCUACGACGUCCGCAACGUCCCCGCCACCCCCGCCGAGUCCAAGCCCGUCUGGACCCUGCAGGCUCACGACUCCUCCGUCUCCUCAUUCGACAUCAACCGCACUAUCCCUGGUUUCCUCGUCACCGGCUCCACAGACAAGGAAGUCAAGCUCUGGAAUGUCGAGAACGACAAGCCCAGCAUGGUUGUCUCCCGCAAGCUGGAUGUCGGAAAGGUCUUCUCCACCGCCUUCGCUCCUGACGCUAUGGUCAGCUUCCGUCUCGCUGUGGCCGGUAGCAAGGGUAACGUCCAGAUCUGGGAUGCUUCUACCAACGGUGCUGUCCGCCGUGCGUUUGUUUCCCGCCUGCCUGAUCUCGAGGGUGAAGUGCAAGAACGUAUGGUUGGUGUCAAUGCUGAUGGUGAUGAUGAGUCUGAUGAGGAGGGUGAUGCUGGUGUUGAGGCCGAGGCUCCUGGUCCUGAUGGAUGGGAGUCUAUGGAUGAGGAUUAA